ACUGAGCGAGGCACAUCGCAACCCCGCCGGUCUCCUGUAGCUGCGGCGGCCAUCGGCCGGGGAAUUGUUGACAAUUUGGCACCCACGCGCUGACGCGCUUUCGCGUGACGCGUGCCCGACCCGAAUCGGAUAUUUCCAUGUCCUCUCGCCUCGCCGCCCACCUGGCGCUGGCGGCAGUGAGCUGCACCAACUCAGCUGCCUCCGAGUGCCCCUAUAAAGCUCUGCUCGAUGCUUGCGUAGUUCGCGCCAGGACCACUUCUCCCAAACAAGCACGGUGAGAGGGAGUCAGCGAGAGGAGGGAGGUGGGGGGAGAUGGAGAGGGAGAGGGGGGCGGUUGAGCAGCUGCCGGCGAAGCGCAUGAAGCUGGCGGUGCCAGUCGGGGUCGGCGGCGGCGGCGGGCUAGCGUCGCCGAGGAGCCGGAGACUGCGGCAGACCCUGCUGGUGGUGCUCUUCCUGGUGCGAGCGAGCCCGAGGGCCACGGUGACGGCCGGCGUCUCCCGGAUCGGCGCCAUGCUCGAUCGCGCCUUUCACAAGUAUCACGGAUUGAUUACGAGCAAGCUGGACAGCUGCCAGAGGCAAGUUGAGAGCAAACUGGAAGCUUUCCAAGGGCAUGUUCAGAGCAAACUGGAAACUUUCCAAGGGCAGAUUGAGGGUCUCGGCCAAGAAGUGAGACAACUGGCUCGUCUACAUUCCAAUCGCCAUCCUGAUCGACACACCAGAAUAGAGCCAAACCAGGAGCAUGCUGCUUCCAGUGGAUCAAACACAAACAUUCAUCUGGGUUUCCUGAACAAAUGGAAGCCACCUCUGUACACGGAUAAGGACAUAACAGAUGAGAACAAUGUGGCUAUCAAAGUUGCGGUGUUUGAAGGUGACAAGAUGAUCACAACUGGUCCACUUUCCAAAGCGGAAAUUGAGAUAUUGGUUGUACAUGGCAGCUUCUAUAAAAAAGUCCAGGACAAUUGGACCGAAGAGGAGUUUGAAAAGCACAUAGUGCAAGGUCGAGAUGAGCAAAGGCUUGUGCUAGGAACUGUGCGGUUGACCAAUGGAGAGGUAGAACUUAGCCAGAUCCGUUUCAAGGAAGGUUCAUGCAGGAAGAAGUUCAGCAUGGCAGCAAGAUUUUGCAAGAGCGAAAAGAUUGCUGGUCGGGUUCGGGAAGCAAUCAUGGAGCCUGUCGAGGUUAAGGAUCGCAGAAGCGAACCAAAUGAGAAGAGUGACUCUCCAAGAUUAGAUGAUGACGUAUAUCGCAUAAAGGCGAUCGCCAGAGAUGGAGCUUACCACCAGAGGCUUCAGGAGGCAAAUAUCAACACAGUGCAGGACUUCUUGAAGGCCUUGAACAAGGAUCCCGACGAGCUUUACAAAAUCCUAAAGAUGAAAAAUAAGGGCAAGUCUUGGUCAAAGAUGACAGGGCAUGCUAGGAAGUGCAUUCUCGAAGACAGGCUGCUCAAAGCGUAUCAGACUGACCAUGGGGCUGUGAUGCUCUUUUUCAAUUGCGUGCAUGAUCUUGUUGGAGCAAGAUUUGGUAGUAAUUACAUUGCAUGUGAAAAUUUUGACAUAGAUCACAAGGCUUCAGUGAAGAGGUUGAAAGAGCAUGUCUACAACAGAUUGGAGGACAUUCCUUAUGAUUAUGUAAUGAAAGAUGAUGCUCCUGAACGAAUUCCUUUAGGCACUGGUGCUGCUGUUGGCCCGUCUGUUGUAUCAGUGGACGCAAGGCAACCAAAUUCUAUCGCUGAUAACCUUGAGGCUUAUGAAGGUUACCAAGGAGCUGGAGCAGCCGACAAUUUUCACAGCGAUGGUUUCAACCUUGUUACUGAGCCCAUUUACACACAUGCAAACUAUGGUCCUAUGAACUCUGGUCCUCUGAACACAUAUGAUUGCCAAGGUCAAGGAAUUCCACCACCUCGUCAGCAGCAAAUAACUCUGCCUUCCAUCGGGCCUGAGUGGCAGCAAAAUGCACAAGUGUCGGAGGACUCUCCUGACCCGUUUGAGUGGGCAACAAUGAACCCCAUGUUGCAGCAAUCCUCAGAGGCAUCAACCUCUGCUCAACCCAACCUUGAACCACAUCACCUUCCUCAACUCCUUCAAACGCCGCCUGCUGCUGCACCGGCAUGGACAGUGGCACAACCACCUUUCCCUGGGCAAGAUCAGGGACCCGACUGCUCUGCGUUUCCAGGAUCAGGCCACGGCAACGGCUGGUAGUAAGCAGAGCACAGAGGCCCUGGACACUGCAGUUUAAGGUUGUACAUAGCAAUGUUCCCUAGUUUGUAAUUGUAGGGUGUGAAUAGUGUAGAUGUUGUCAGUGUAUGUACAAUGUGCUUUCCUUUUAACUGACUAGCCGUUGUUUGUACCAACAUGAUGUACAUGUGUUUGUACUAGUAUGAUGUACAGGCCUUGCUGAUAGUGAUAGGUUGUAUAUUUUCGUGUCUUUGCAAAUCUACAGGCGUUAAGGUUUACUAGAAGAAACAAAUUCUGUGUAUUGCAAUGACUUCAUUUUUCUGAAGGAGUGUACUCUUUUGAGGAAUAUAAUUCACACUUGACUGAAA